AUGUCCUUUUCAAACCCCUGGGAACAAGAAUUGUCGAAAUCCGGUCUCAUUUCCCUUCACCCACACCAUGAUCUCUAUACAACCGUAUCCGGCCCUGUCCGACAACCAAACCAACCACUAGUGAUAAUCAUACCGGGUCUUGGUGCCAGUGCAACCGAAUGGGCCGCUGUGCAGCGCUUGGCUACACCGUUUGCUCGUGUUCUUCUCUACGAGCGCUCUGGCUAUGGACUGAGCUCCGAUGCGACUAGCCCUGUAACUGCCGUUAGCAUAGCGAUGGAACUCGACAGUCUUAUUCGCGCUGCUGACAUUUCCGGUCCAUUUGUACUGGUUUGCCACUCAUACGGCGGUAUUAUAGGCAGAGAGUUCCUACAUCUCCGUGGCUCGGGUGCCGACGGAAUCUGCGGGAUGGUGUUUGUGGACGCGAAUCAAGAACUCAAUACGAUUGAAGGUCCCGGGCCAGCUCCGUAUAUUGACACUGUCCUCCAGGGUCUUGAUAUAAUCGACGUGGUGGGAUUAACCAAAACCCAUAAGCUGCUGCCAGAUGAAUGGCAGACUUAUCUCAUCGAGGAGAAGAGCGAGAGACAUUCUCGGAUUGCGGCUAUGGAGUCUGAAGAGUAUCUAGGAAGUGGGCCGGUACUCGCAUCGAAGAAACAGCUCCACGCGACCCCUCCUCUACUUGGAGAAAGUCCCGUAAGUGUUCUAAAGGGGCAGACAUACAAGGACUUCGAGAAACUAUUCGUAGCGGGGAGUGAAGCUGGCAAUGGGACUGAAGAAGAGAGAAAAAUGUUCCGCGAAUUUCUCAAAACAUAUGACACAUUGGAUGAGAAAUGGCAGAAAGGAAUGUUGUCGCUAUCUAGCAGAUCUAGGUGGAUCACGACCUAUAAGAGCGGACACAAUAUUCAGUUGACUGAGCCAGAUGUGAUUGUUGACGAAAUAAAGUGGGUGUUAGACAACCUUGACACAGUAUAG